UACGAGCUCGCUUCUAUCUUCUUUUCUGGUUUGAGUUUGGCUGUAUUCACAUUCCUAAUCUUCUCUAAACUUUCCUUUUCCUUUGAAAUUAAAAGAAAAAGGGCCAAAACCAGGAAAAUCGGAAACAAUAACGGACCAUUGUGAUGCAACAACUGGUGGUGUAUCGUGUCGUUUAAUGAUUUGAUUUGAAGAUUGAAAAUUUGUGUUGUUGUUCUUGGGUGGGUUUGUUUGAUGACGAUGGUCGUAGGUGUAUUACGUUCCUUUCGCGAUCGAGCCCUCGCCCGAUGCUUCCACUGCUUCCCUUGUCUCUCUGAUCCUGCCCGGAGAUCAUCGUGGGGUUUGAAAGUGACAUUGCUGAUGCUGCAUCUGAUAUUCGUUGGCAUUCUCUUUCUUUUCGACGAUGAUUUGAUUGAGAAAACCAAAAAAGAACCCUGGUACAUCGCUCUAUAUUUGUCAUUGCUUUUUGCCACAUUGAUGCAAUACUUUAUUACUUCUAGUUCUUCUCCGGGUUAUGUGGUUGAUGCAAUGAGGGCUGUUAACGAGACAAAUGUGGUGUAUCAGAAGUCGUCAAUGGCCUCAAAAAAGCCUGCUUCAAGCAAAAAUGGAAGCUUGAUUGUCAAUGUAGAAGGGAGAGAAUCAGGUAGAAAUUUUCAAGGGAGUAAUCCUUCAUCUUGGACAAAGUUGGUGAUGGACAUGUAUCCCCCUGGAACAUCCGUUAGGUCUUGCACUUGCUCCUAUUGUAAUGUUGAGCAGCCUCCACGAGCAAAGCAUUGCCAUGAUUGUGAUAAAUGUGUUCUUCAGUUCGAUCAUCAUUGUGUAUGGCUUGGAACAUGUGUUGGUCGUGAUAAUCAUUGCAAAUUUUGGUGGUAUAUUUGUGAAGAGACAGCAUUGUGCCUUUGGACUGGCAUCUUGUACAUUUCAUUCCUGAAGGUCAACAUUUCAAGGGCUUGGUGGAAGGAUGCCAUCGUUUUUCUGCUAUUGAUCGCCUUGUCAAUUUCCAUAUUAUUUCUACUACUGCUGCUGCUAUUUCACAGCUAUCUUGUUCUGACAAAUCAGACUACUUACGAGCUCGUUAGACGCAGGCGUAUCCCAUAUCUAAGGCAAGUUCCAGAACGGGUUUUUCCUUUUAGUAAAGGAGUUUGCAGAAAUUUAUAUGAAUUCUGCUGUGUUCGAAGCAGCUUUUACAGUUUGGAAUCUUUGCCCUUGCCUCAAGAACUCGAAAAAAAAUCGAGGCCUUACACUUGCUUAGAUGUUUUAACCUGUCGUUGCUGCUGAUAUUAUAGGGAUAUGUAUCAUUUAGCGAAAACAAUUGUGAUUUAAACCGAAAAAAAAUAUU